CCCGGAAGUGUAGAAAGAUGUAACAUGUUUGGCUGGAGUUAGCGGUGUUUGCGACCACGUAUAGUAAAAUAAAUCUACAUAUUUGCAUUAUACUGUGUGCGACACCUUAAAGAUGAGUGAGACUGAAAAAGAAAAGGACCCCGCCGCCCUGAAAGAGGAGGGAAACACUCUUUUCAAGGCAGGAGACAUGCAGGGUGCUGUUUGCUGUUACACCAAAGCACUGAAGCUGACUGACAGCCAGGCAGACAAAGCUGUACUGUACCGUAACCGCUCUGCGUGCUACCUUAAGCUGGAGGAGUACAGCAAGGCAGAGGCUGAUGCCUCGAAAGCACUCGAUACUGACCAAGGUGAUGUGAAAGCCAGAUUUCGGAGGGCCCAGGCAUUUCAGAAACUUGGCCGGUUUGAUCAGGCCUUUCUGGAUGCUCAGAGAUGUGCCCAACUGGAGCCCAAAAAUAAAGCUUUCCAGGAUCUGCUCAGACAGCUGGGAGCACAGAUUCAGCAGAAGUCAGCGCAACUAAACUCCACCGAUGCUCGUGUGCAGCAGAUGUUCUCCCUCCUCUUAGAUCCAUCUACUAAAGAGUGCGAUCGACAGAAGGCUGCUCAGAAUCUAGUGGUGCUAUCUCGAGAUGAAGCAGGAGCUGAACAGAUCUUCCGUAAUGAUGGAGUGAAGCUAAUUCAGAAACUUCUGCAGUCAAAGCUGGAGGAUGUUGUACUUUCUGCUCUCAGGACAUUGGUUGGUUUGUGCACAGGACAUCAGUCUAGAACUAUGGCGAUAGUGAAUGAGUUGGGAAUGGAGCAGCUGUGUGCGGUAAUGGGAUCAGGAGCUUCAAGUGUGUCUCUGGCUGCCUGCCAUCUGCUACAGGUGAUGUUUGAAGCUCUGACAGAAGGAAUGAAAAGAGAGAUCAGAGGAAAAGAUGAAGCUAUACUUCCUGAACCAUCCAAGGAGCUGCGGUCAAUGUUACGACACCUUUUGGAAAUGAUGCCAGCAUCAAAUGUGUCAGGGCCGGGCAGAGACAGCGCUAUAAAUCUCCUUGUCAAACAAGUACCCCGCAAAUCCUUGAAAAACCCAGAUAACUCCCUCACGUUAUGGGUGGUAGACCAGGGUAUGAAACACAUCCUACAUGUAGGCAAAUAUUUUAUUAAACCAUGGUGGAUACCAAGGCAUGCAUUAUCAGCAGGAGGAACAGAUUUCAGCAUGAAGCAGUUUGCAGAGGGAUCUACACUUAAGCUUGCCAAGCAGUGCAGGAAGUGGCUGUGUAAUGAGACUCUCCCCCCAACUUCCCGCCGCUGGUCUGUGGAAGGUCUCGCCUACCUCACCUUUGAUGCAGAUGUAAAGGAAGACUUGGUGGAAGACAAGAAUGCCCUGCUGGCCAUGUUUGACCUUGCAAAGUCUGAGGAUAAGACUGUGCUCUUUGCUGUGGGUUCUACAUUAGUGAAUUGCACCAACAGUUAUGAUGUGGAGAAACCAGACCCUCAAAUGGUGGAGCUGGCCAAGUAUGCAAAGCAGCAUGUACCUGAGGAACAUCCCAAGGAUGCACCUUCCUAUGUAGAGAAAAGGCUGGUGAAGCUGCUGGAGGCUGGUGUGGUGUCUGCAUUGGUUUGCAUGGUCAAACAGGAGAGUCCUGCACUCACUGAGGCUUGUAGGGAAUGUAUUGCCAGGGUGUUCUUGGCUCUAGUGGAGCGACAGGAAGACAGAGGCACGGUGGUGGCACAGGGUGGAGGAAAGGCUCUGAUCCCACUUGCAUCCGACAACACAGAUGCAGGAAAAAUCAAAGCUGCACAAGCCCUGGCAAAAAUAACCAUCACGUCUAACCCGGAGAUUGCCUUUCCAGGAGAAAGGAUCUAUGAGGUGGUACGCCCACUAGCCAGCCUUCUGAGGCUUGAGUGCACCCUGCUGCAGAACUUUGAGGCACUCAUGGCUCUCACAAACCUGGCUGGCAUCAACGAUAGACUCAGGCAAAAGAUCAUCAAGGAGAAAGCUGUACCUAAAAUUGAAGGUUACAUGUUUGAGGAGCAUGAUCUUGUACGAGCUUCUGCCACAGAGUGCAUGUGCAACUUGGUUUUAAAUACUGAGGUGCAGAAGCUCUACCUGGCCACAGGAAAUGAUCGCCUGAAGCUGCUCGUGCUUUACAGCGGAGAGGAUGACGGGAGGCUGCGGAAAGCUGCUGCAGGAACCUUGGCCAUGCUGACAGCCGAACAUCCUGAACUCUGCGCUCGCAUCCCUGGAACUACAACCCACUGGCUAGAAAUUGUGCAGGCUUUGUUGCUCAGUGAAAUACCUGACCUACGUCAUCGUGGAGUGGUCAUAGUUCAGAACAUGAUCCAGGCAGAGAAGAGUCUGGCUGAGAAACUCAUAGAGAGCGAAGCUCUGGAGAUUCUUUCCGUCCUUGCAAAGGGAGGAGAGGGCACGCCAGAUGCCGUCUCGAAGAUAGCUCAGAACUGCCUGGAUAAAGCAAUGGAGUACGGCAUCAUCAGAAGCGGGGAAGAAAAGGAGAAGAGCUCAGGAACUGAACCCUGAACACAAAGUGCAGUGUGUGGAUGUGCCACCUGACAGCGUUUCAGUUCUUUGAACAUUAUAUUGGACCAGUGAAGUAAUUUCAUUUUUGCAGGAAAUGGGCUCAUAUGUCUUAACAAAAAAUGAUUAAAAGCAAUAAGGGAUGUAGUGAAGAAUGGUAUCAAAUGGAAGAACCAACAGCACAGAAAUGAUUUUUGACUGCUGUGUAAUGUUGAUUGUAUGCUUGUUAAAGUCUGGCAAAAGUGCGUAUUCCACCUAGAGACCAACAUUUCUCCUCCAUGUAUUUCCACUAAAAAUGACCAUUCCUAUAUAUGUGCAAAUAUUUCAUUUGAGUGUCAUUGUUAGUCCCACAAAUACAUUCUUAUUUUUAUUGUGCACACUACUUUUCUCAAUAUUUUAUUUUAUAUUCAGCAAAAAAUAGAAACAUUUCAU